GCAGCAUUGUCUCAAAUAUCAAACGUAGAAAGUUCACAAAGAGAAAUAAUGGAGGAGAAGAGAGCUAUUUUGAAGUCACUGAUCUUACUAAUGAUGAUUUCCAGUUUUUGCCUCGAACUGACAGUUGCAGAAACAUACUGCCAUGCUCAACGUCGCUUAUUAAUCGACGCGUGCAAGAUAUUAAUUUUGAGGCAGGCUCCCCCCGCUGAAUGUUGUCGUAGAAUAAGAACGACUCCAGCGUGGUGCGUUUGUCCUUCUGUAACACCACAGAGAGCUGCUCUCAUCGAUGUCAAUUACGCUGUUGGGGUAAUCCGUCAAUGCGGUCGAUAUGUAGCUCGCGGUACCAAAUGUGGAAGUAUUACAGUUCCAUAAAAAAAAGCCGUUCGAGUCCAUGGAGACCAAAAUAUCGUUGCCUGAAAACUAUCGCCCGUACUGUAUGAGUAUUUCGCGUUGUUGUAUCUGUUUUUAAUAUUUAGGCAUUGUCGUUGGCCUUAUUUUGAUGUGGAAUAAAAUAAUGUCUGGAACUUUAUAUAUUUUCAAUCUGAACUUAAUCUAUUUCGUUGCA